AUGAGUGCUAAAGAAGAAAGUCAAUCGGAAGAAAACCUAAAUCCUAACCAAUACUUCGAAAUUCGUUCAAAGUACAUUCAAAAACUUCGCGAGACGCGCAGUCCAAAUCCUUACCCGCAUAAAUUUCAUGUGAAUCUUUCAAUUCCUGCAUUUAUUGAGAAAUAUGGUCAUCUUGAUCCUGGACAACACUUGGAUGAUGUGGUCCAAAUCGCUGGUAGAAUUCACAAUAAAAGAGCCAGUGGUGCUAAACUGAGAUUCUAUGAUUUGCAUGGUGAAGGUGUCAAAAUUCAAGUGAUGGCACAGGCCCAGGAUUCUGAACAAGAUUUUGUCGAGACGCAUGCAGUACUUCGUCGUGGUGAUAUUGUUGGUGUGCGCGGAUGCCCGGGUAAAUCUAAGCGAGGGGAAUUGUCGAUUUUCCCAAAGGAAAUUAAGCUCCUGUCCCCCUGUCUACACAUGUUGCCUAAAGCGCAUUAUGGAUUUAAGGACCAGGAGUCUCGUUAUCGUCAGCGCUACCUUGACUUAAUAAUGAACAAUUUUGUUCGAGAUAAGUUUCUUGUUAGAGCUAAGAUUGUGAAUUAUGUCAGGCGUUUCCUGGACAAUCUCGGCUUCCUUGAGGUUGAGACUCCUAUGAUGAAUAUGAUUGCGGGUGGUGCAACCGCAAAACCAUUUAUAACUCAUCACAAUGAUUUAAAACUCGAUCUCUUCAUGAGGGUGGCUCCUGAACUAUACCUCAAGAUGCUUGUAGUUGGUGGCCUUGAUCGAGUUUAUGAAAUCGGGCGUCAAUUUCGUAACGAAUCUAUCGACCUUACUCACAAUCCCGAAUUUACCACGUGCGAGUUCUAUAUGGCAUAUGCUGACAUGUAUGAUCUAAUGGAGAUUACCGAAAGUAUGCUAUCCAGUAUGGUUAAGUACAUUACCGGUAACUACAAGGUUACCUAUCAUCCUCACGGUUCUGACGGUCCUACGAUGGAAAUUGAUUUUACACCGCCCUUCAAGAGAGUCAGCAUGAUCGAGACGUUAGAAGAGAAACUAGGCGUCAAGUUUCCUCCAGCUUCUGAAUUGCACACCGAUGAAACGAAUAAAUUCUUGCAAGAACUCUGCAAAAAAAACGGAGUUGAGUGCUCGCCGCCAAGGACAAAUGCAAGGCUAUUAGAUAAACUUGUUGGUGAAUAUAUUGAAGUUGAUUGCAUAUCGCCAACAUUUAUUACCGGUCACCCUCAGAUGAUGUCUCCUCUAGCUAAAAAUCAUCGGGAGAUCGACGGUCUUUGCGAAAGAUUUGAACUUUUUGUUGCAACCAAAGAAGUUUGUAAUGCUUAUACUGAAUUGAAUGAUCCUUUUGAUCAACGUGAUCGAUUUGAAGAACAAGCCCGUCAAAAAGAACAAGGAGAUGAUGAGGCCCAACUUAUUGAUGAAACUUUCUGUACCAGUUUAGAAUAUGGACUUCCGCCAACUGGCGGUUGGGGAAUGGGUAUAGAUCGUCUUACUAUGUUUUUGACGGAUAGCUCAAAUAUUAAGGAGGUUCUUCUCUUCCCUGCUAUGAAACCGAUUGAUGAAAAGCCCAAGGCUCCUGAGGCCAUAACGAGUUAA